AUGGCCGCCAGCAACGGCGGCGCGCUCCCCGUGGUGGAUCUGGCACCGUUCUUCGCCAGGGACGGCGCCGACGACGCGGGCGCGCGCGCCCGGGCCACCGAGGCCGUGCGCGAGGCGUGCCAGGCCACCGGGUUCUUCCGCGCGGUGAACCACGGCGUGCCGCGGGAGCUCAUGGCGCGCGUGCUCGAGCUGUCGGCGGCGUUCUUCGCGCUGCCGGACGAGGAGAAGGCCAAGGUGCGGCCCGCCGAGGGCGCCUCCGCUGCGCCGCUCCCGGUGGGGUACGCGCGGCAGCCGGCGCACUCCGACGACAAGAACGAGUACCCGCUCCUCUUCAACCCCAACCUCGGGCUCAACCACUACCCCGCCCAGCCGACCGGAUUCAGAGAUGCGCUGGAGGAGUGCUACGCGAAGCUCGCCGAGCUGGGGCUGCUCGUCCAGGACAUCCUGAGCGAGUGCAUGGGCCUGCCACGAGGCUUCCUCGCUGAGUACAACGCCGACCGCGGCUUCGACUUCCUCACCGCGCUUCGCUACUUCCCGGCGACAUCCUCCGACGAGAACAACGGCAUCAGCGCGCACGAGGACGGCAACUGCAUCACCUUCGUCCUGCAGGACGGCGUCGGGGGGCUGGAGGUGCUCGGGGCAGACGGCCGCUGGGUCCCCGCGGAGCCCGUGGAGGGCAGCAUCGUGGUCAACGUGGGCGACGUCCUGCAGGUGCUGAGCAACAAGAAGUUCAAGAGCGCCACGCAUAGGGUGGUGAGAAGGCCGGGGGCGCACCGCCACUCGAUCGCCUUCUUCCUCAACCUCCACGGCGACAAGUGGGUCGAGCCGCUGCCGGAGUUCGCGGGCCACGCCGGCGAGCCGCCGCGGUACAGAGGGUUCCGAUACAACGAGUACAUGCAGCUGCGGAUGAGGAACAAGACCCACCCGCCGGCCAGGCCCGAGGACGUCGUCCACAUCACCCAUUACGAGAUCUAG